AUGAAAUUCGAGGAAGUUUGUAAAAGUAACCAUAUUUUGAGUUUGUCUGUUAUAUGUGAUGGUAAUCUCAUCUUUGGGCUUGUGAAGCCAGAGAGGCAGCUUGAUGGAAUUAACCAGGUCGCUGUACUCAUUCACAAUGAUUGUAUCUAUCUCUGCCAAGAGGUUCUUGGCCUUGCAUUUGAGUACCGUCCAGAUUUCCCAAGCUCCAUUAAGGAAAUUGCUGUGUUUGUUGAUUUGGCUCCAAGAUUCCAGCUAAUGGCAGAAAAGAUAUUAAAAAGGCAAAUUCAUGUUGUCAUUGAUAACUUGAAUGAGGCCAUCGAUGGUGCAGAUGGCUUCCAGAAUACUCAUCAAGCGAAGCAAUAUGAAUCUGCAACAUUUAGCAUAGAACGGGUUGUUUUUACUUUAGAGAAGUUAUGCAUGAUCUGGGGUUCUCUUAUGCUACCUUUGACUUACAAGAGGAGUAUGUGUCUAGUUUUGGAGGCAGUUUUCUCUAGGAUAGUAAAGGACAUACUGCUAUUAGAUGACAUUGCUGCUGAGGAAACAUUGCAGCUUCAAAGACUGAUUCAGCUAAUGAUGGAGAACCUAUCUUCUUUGUUGGUGUCCCUGGAUUCUAUCGAUGAAAGAAGGAAGUUACAAGAAGGGCGUACACAUACACCUUCAAUUGAUGCUAAAAUACCUUCUCUUAAGAAAAUUCAGAAACUAGCAGGUAAGCCUGAAACAUUUUCUCACUUCUUGCCGAAUCUCUUCUGA